GGAAAUGGAGCGCGGCGGCGGCAAAAUUUCCCCAAUCUCUCCGCCUCCCUCCCACUCCACUGCGACCAGCUCUCUUGGCGCCUUCCAUCCAUCCCUCCCCCUCACCUCCGCGACCAGCUCUCGCUAUACGCACCGGCCAGGGCGGCCGAGCCCUAGCGGAGCGACAUGGACUCGGCGAUGCUCUCGCGCACCCGCGCCGGCCUCGGCGCCCCGGAGGAAGAGGACGACGACGGAGGCGCCGUCGGCUACGUCAAGGGCGAGCACUGCCUCGAGGCUGCUGCGGCGGGAGGUCUUCGAGCAGGUCUGCGAGUGGAAGAGCGCGUCCAUGGGUCUGGCGCCCAUCAUCGAGAACCACCAGUCCGUUCGCAACCUCGGCAUCACGGCAGGCGCAGAAGGAGAAUGCCGCACGGGUUAAGCGGUAAGAAUGACAGCAUCGAUAAUCGUCCAGUAUCAUCUGAUGAAGAAACAUCGCAAGCACGCAAGCGCAGCAAUGAACAAUAAUGAUGUCAAACUUUUGUUUGGCAUAGAAGAACCUUAUGUAAAUAACUUUUCCACAUGGAGAGGUGAGAUCAUUGUCUCAUGUAAGGAAUCUCCCAAUGUUUUUCUGCCACUAAGGUUGAAGGAUGUUGAUCAUGAUGAUAAGGCAGACAUUGGGAGAGGACGCAUGUGCCAUCAUGCACAUCACUAAUGCAAAGGAGAUUAAAGUCAAAACUACUGGAUUUAUUCCACUAGCUUUUGGAGAUGACUUAAUUCUUCAUCUUAUUGAUAGUGUUUUGUUCAUGCUCCUGGUUAUUGAAGAACCUUAAUUUCGUCUCUCGAAUAGAUGACGUGAUUUUAUAUGUUAUUAAGUCAACUCCAAUUAUGUAAUGUUAGUCGCACCUUAUGGUGAGACGAGUUAUGUUUUCACUAAAUGAAUCUUUUGUAAAGAUUAUAUGCUAUGUUACAAUUGAAGAUGUAAGAAAAGUGUAAUUAAUGAGACCUCAUCAAAAAUUGUGGUUUUAGACCACAUUUCGAGGGGGAGAAUGGAA